GUCUGCCGAUCCAGAAUGUUUGAAAGCGUGCGCGAAAAACAACAACCUUUAAUAAGAAAAAUAAAGGCAUUUAUUUCUUAGAUAAACAAUACAAACAAACAUAAAUUUAUACUCUGUGAUUAGCGACAUGAGUUGCAUUACCAUCUAGUUGACGAUAUAAGCACGUGCUCAACUAAAACCGCAAGUACUGCUUAGUACUUGAAUAUUUCUCCCUCUAGCGAAGGAACAAAGAUUUCAAAAGGAUUUUAAUAUCAAAAUGAGUGCAUCAAAACGUGUUGCUGUUGUGACUGCGGCCAAACUACCUCUUGUUCGGGGUCUCUGUAAAGAGUUUCAGGGCGAUGUCAUCAUAACUGCCCGAGACAUGGCCAGAGGUAAAGACAUGUUGAAUAAAUUGAAUAAAGAAGGACUCGAGCCUGUUCUUCACGACCUAGACAACACAGAUGACGCAAGCCUCCAGAAAUUCCACAACUUUCUGCAGAAGGACUACGGAGGCCUGGACUUGCUAGUGAAUAAUGCAGCCAUAGUUAGCAGGAAUGCGGCUUUUCUCUCCUUUUCUGAACAAGUCAAGUUUGCCAUGGCAAAAAAUUUCUGGGGAACUUCAAAUAUCUGCAAGGUUCUGUUUCCAUUACUAAGACCGCAUGCUAGGGUUGUAAACAUGUUGAGUGGAGAAGAGCUAGGUGCAGAAUGGACAUGGAGCCAAGCACUACGGGAACGAUUCCUAGACCCAGAACUGAGCCUGGCAAAAAUUGAACAACUCAUGAAGGAAUUUGUUGAGUCUGCGAAAGCUGGGAACUACAAGGAAAAGGGCUGGCCAGAUCAUCCGUACGGCGUAACCAAGAUUGGAGUCACUCUGAUGGGUCUUGUCCAACAACGAGAGCUCAAUGCUGACAAACGACCAGAUAUUGUGGUCAAUUCGGGUUGUCUAGACAUCCAGGCUGUAGAUAUCGACAAGGAUACAAAGACCAGUGAUGAAGUUAACAACAAUAAUAGCUCCAAGAUUACAAAGCCCAGAAAAAAUCUUGCAGAUACCAUGCUUUAUCUCGCCUUGUUGCCACCAAACACUUCCUCCCCAAAGGGCGAGUACGUUAGUGGUCGGAAAAUCCAGAAGAUUUUUUAAGUUUGGAGACAUUGAUUGGACAAAUAAAUGGAGUUUCAGUGUGUUAACUUUUUGCCACAACCUUCAAAUUUGACCAUCCGACAGUGCUUGCAUUAACUUUUGAGAACUGGAAAUCUGAAGAGCUUAAUUCUUAUUUUUGAUUAUUUGAUAAUAAUAUUUUAAACUUUUGACUGUCCCAGAAACCGUUCAUAUGCUGUUCAGAAUUUUAAACAAAUUACUGUACAUUCAAGGUUUAAUUAAUGUCAGCAUUGUGUUUCUCUGCCAAUCUUGUAUAUAGAAAAUCAGUAAAAUGUCUUUAUAUGUAUAUGUUUAUAUAUGUAUAUAUAUAAAUAUAUAUAUUGGGUAUAAAAAGUAAACAUUGUUUUAUAGAAUUGAUAUAGUCUGUGUUUUGGAUAUGCUAAUUGUGUGGUAUAUAAAUACUAGCUAGAUUCCUGUCGGCAACAUGUCGAGCCCAAUGUGGUAUAUAAAUACUAGCUAGAUUCCUGUCGGCAACAUGUCGAGCCCAAUGUGGUAUAUAAAUACUAGCUAGAUUCCUGUCGGCAACAUGACGAGCCCAAUGUGGUAUAUAAAUACUAGCUAGAUUCCUGUCGGCAACAUGACGAGCCCAAUGUGGUAUAUAAAUACUAGCUAGAUUCCUGUCGGCAACAUGUCGAGCCCAAUGUGGUAUAUAAAUACUAGCUAGAUUCCUGUCGGCAACAUGACGAGCCCAAUGAUGCUUGUAGUUAUUUUACCACGCACAUGUAUGUCAUUUUGCCUUUAGUGUGACCUUGACCUUUGCCCAAGCAGCUACACACCUCCAUACAAUGAACUAUGGUGAAAGUUAUUUUGGAAUUGCAAAAUGAAUGAUUAGUCUGGACAAGCUAUAUAAUGACCAGAAUUAACCUUUGAUCCUAAAGUAUUGCCUUUAACUUAAAGGUAGAAAAACAGUUGUUACAUUUAACAGAAAGUCUCCACAUGGUGAACAUUUGUUUUAAAUUAUUUUAUAAUCGAAUGAUGAAGUUUCAAGUUAAAGUCCCGACAUGCAGUUUUAUUACAAAUUUGACUUUUGAAAAGUGUGAACUUGACAUUUGUUGUAGGGAGACUGGUUAUACAAAGGGUACUUGACAUUUGUUGUAGGGAGACUGGUUAUACAAAGGGUGCUUGACAUUUGUUGUAGGGAGACUGGUUAUACAAAGGGUGCUUGACAUUUGUUGUAGGGAGACUGGUUAUACAAAGGGUACUUGACAUUUGUUGUAGGGAGACUGGUUAUAGAAAGGGUACUUACAGUUUUCCUAUAUCAAGCUUUCUACAAACAGACUUGACAUUACAAAUAAAUAUUUUAAUAUCUGUAAUGGCCAUCAUAUGAUUGUUCACUUUUCACCAUUUUGGGAAUGGGACGGAGUCCCUUUGGAUUUCGAAAUUUCAUGUUUUGACUUAAAUUGUGAAAUAAGUGUUUUGUUGUGUGUUGUUUUUAUUGGUUAAAAAUCACUUUAAAAUUGACAUACAAAGUGAUUUAAAUAUUACAUUUCCUAAGGUUUAACACAUACAACUGGAUGGAUAAACUUAAUGUUGAGACUUGUAAAAAUAUAUUUUUAUAAAUAUAUUGUCUAAUGCAUGUUAUAACUAGUGUUACUGACAUUUUGUAAAUUAUUCAGGAGUACAUAUUUUCCAAAAUACAAUGAGAGCACUAACGUUAUUUUUUUUGGCAUUCAAAAUAUUUCACAUUUGAAAUUAUGGUAUUAAACUACUCCUUUCUUAAUUAUGCUCCCCUUCGAAGAAGAGGGGGUAUAUUGAUUUGCUCAUGUCGGUCGGUCCGUCCGUCUGUCUGUCAGUCCGUCCACCAGAUGGUUUCCGGAUGAUAACUCAAGAACGCUUAGGUUAGGAUCAUGAAACUUCAUAGGUACAUUGGUCAUGACUGGCAGAUGACCCCUAUUGAUUUUCAGGUCACUAGGUCAAAGGUCACAGGGACUCGGAAUAGUAAAAUGGUUUCCGGAUGAUAACUCAAGAAUGCUUAGGUCUAGGAUCAUGAAAUUCAUAGGUACAUUGAUCAUGUCUGGCAGAUGACCCCUAUUAAUUUUCAGGUCACUAGGUCAAAGGUCAAGGUCACAGGGACUAGAAAUAGUAAAAUGGUUUCCGGAUGAUAACUCAAGAAUGCUUACGCCUAGGAUCAUGAAACUUCAUAGGAACAUUGAUCAUGACUGGCAGAUGACCCCUAUUGAUUUUCAGGUCACUAGGUCAAAGGUCAAGGUCACAGUGACUCGAAACAGUAAAAUGGUUUCCGGAUGAUAACUAAAGAAUGCUUACGCCUAGGAUCAUCAAACUUCAUAGGAACAUUGAUCAUGACUGGCAGAUGACCCCUAUUGAUUUUCAGGUCACUAGGUCAAAGGUCAAGGUCACAGUGACUUUAUAUAGUAAAAUGGUCUCCUGAUGAUAACUCAAGAAUGCUUACUCCUAGGAUCAUGAAACUUCAUAGGUACAUUGAUCAUGACUGGCAGAUGGCCGCUAUUAAUUUUCAGGUCACUAGGUCAAGGUCACAGUGACUCGAAACAGUGAAAUGGUUUCCUGAUGAUAACUCAGGAAUAAUUAGGCCUAGGAUCAUGAAACUUCAUAGGUACAUUAAUCAUGACUGGAAGAUGACCCCUAUUGAUUUUUAGGUCACUAGGUCAAAGUCACAGAGGCAAAAAUGUAUUCACACAAUGGCUGCCACUACAACUAACAGCCCAUAUGGGGGGCAUGCAUGUUUUACAAACAGCCCUUGUUAUUUUUUGUUUUAACAAAGACAUCUAAAUGUGGAGUUUUGUUUUUGAAAUGUUAUAAUACUGAUAAGAAAUUUGUAAUAUUGAAAAAUGAUUAUUAUUUUAAUAAAACAGUAUUUCCUCUUG